UUCGUGAUCGUGAUAGAGUCUAUUCAACACAAGACGAAGUUCGACGUUCAGUUAAAUUUAUAGGUUAAAGUGUUAAGAUUAAAGAAAUGGGAUCUAAUAAGCGGCACAAGACUGAAAAAACUCGUGAAACUAAGAAAAAACGUCAUCGCAGCCGUUCUAGAUCGCACUCUAUAGAACGUGAAAAAGUCGACAAACAUAGGCAUCACAAAAAACAUAAAAGAAGAGAACGCAAGGAUCACGACAGCGAUGUUGAAAUUGUCAGCGCUCCACCACCUCCAAAAAUAUCGAGAAUACCACAUGCACUGACGCCACCACCUCCUCCAGAAAUAUCUCGUCAAAGGAGUGCAUCUCCAACCAAAGGAGGAGCAGCGCAGACAUCAUUGUCAGUUGAGGAAACAAAUAAGUUACGAGCAAAGCUUGGUCUAAAACCUUUGGAGACCAGUACUACCUCUGUAGAUGAUCCUAACAAAAUCAAAGAUGAUUUAGGAGAAUUUUAUCACAAGCCAGCACCAAAUACUAACGAUAAAGUAAAAACGCAAAAGAUCAAAGAUAGACUGAACACGCAGAAGGAAAAACGACAGAUUGAAUCCAAUCUUUCAAAACUCAAAACUUUGGGCGAAAGCGAUUCAGAUGAUGACGCCAAGGCUUGGGUGCAAAAAAACCGUCUCCUUCAGUUGGAGAAAAAGAAGGCUGAUGAAAGGGCAAAAAUGUUGGAUCAGUUGGACGAAGAGUUCGGUAUAGGUACUCUUGUUGAGGAAGAGGUUCAAAGUGAACGUCGUUCAGCCUACUCGAACAAAGAUUUACGAGGGCUCAAAGUCGAACAUGACAUGGAUACUUUUGAGGAGGGCAAGACCCUUGUACUGACACUCAAAGAUCAGGCAGUUUUAGAUGAGCAUGAAGAUGUACUAGUAAACGUAAAUAUGCUGGACGAAGAGCGUUAUUUGCGCAGUAAUUUGAAUAAAACUAAAAAACCUGGGUACGAUGCGUAUGAUGAAGACAAUUUUGAUGAGUUUGGAUUCCCAGUGAAAACGGUUCUAGACAAAUAUGAUGAAGAGAUAGAUGGACAGAAGAAGGAAAGUUUUGCCAUUGGUUAUGAUAAUGCUAAAGAACGAAAACAACGACAAACUGAAAUUGUAAAACACCGCCUAGCGAACAAAAAAUUGGAAACACUAAGGAUGCCAGAGCUACAGUUAGCUAGUGAAUAUUACACUGAUGCUGAGUUGGCAAAGUUUAAGAAACCCAAGAAAAAAAUCCGAAAAAUCAGACAGAAAAAGAUGUUGAAGGCAGACGAUCUUGUUCCUGAUACAACUGAUUAUCUCAGAGAUUUAGGAAGUCGAAGGAAUUCAAGACAUAAAGAAAAAAAGGAUCAUGAGGAUCCUGAAAAUCUUGUUAUGGAUGUCGAUGAUACAGAAAAUACAAGUGAAGACUUGUCGGGUGUUAAAAUUGAAGAUGAUGACAGAGAACUCGAAUGGCAGUUGGCAUUGAAAAAAGCACAACGUGUGAAACUAGCACGUCAAACUGGGGUAGAAAAAGUUGCUCAAACAAUAAAACAAGAAAUUGACAAUUCAAAUGACAAUCAAGUUGGUAAUAUUGUACUCAAUGCGACUGCUGAAUUUUGUAGAACAUUAGGAGACAUUCCAACUUACGGGCUUGCUGGAAACAGGGAAGAAAAUGUUCAAGAACUCAUGGACUUUGAGGCUGAGGGGAUCAAAGAUGAAACGGUAGAUGAUGGAGAAGAUGCUGAUGGCCGUGGAGCUUGGAAUACAGUAAAAAUAGAUGAAGCUGCAGCUGAGCCAAUAACACUGGAGGCUGCAAUUUUGGAUGCAGAACCAUCGCUUGGACAGGGUGUAGGCGGUGCUCUAAGACUUGCAAUGAGUAAAGGUUAUUUACAAAAAGAGGAUACUAACAGACCUUCUGCAUCCCGUUUUGCUCAUUUACAGGCACAAAAUUAUUCUAUUGAAGAUAAAACUUAUGGGGAUGAUGACAAGUUUGGCAGAAGAGAUAGGUUUAAUGGACCAACUUCCGAAUUCAAAGAACGAGACGGAUUUAAGCCCAAUGUCAAGUUGGAAUAUAUCGACGAUGAUGGACACGUUUUGAGUGCCAAGGAAGCAUUCCGAUAUCUUUCUCAUAAAUUUCAUGGUAAAGGUCCUGGGAAGAACAAGGUGGAAAAGAGAAUGAAGAAAUCUGAGCAAGAAGUAUUGAUGAAGCGGAUGUCUUCUACUGAUACUCCACUAGGUACACUUAAUCUAUUGCAAGCUAAGCAAAAAGAAACACAAUCUCCAUACAUUGUGCUGAGUGGCAGCAAGCAGUUGCAAACGACGAGCAUAUCAAAGACGAAGCAUUAAAAUUAUCAAUUAAAAGAUGGAAAAUCAAGAUGUACAUUAUUAUACAUAAUGUAAUAUUAAAUCUCUGAUAAGGUUUGCGUAAGGGUGAGUGUUCUAAAGCUCAGUUCUCAGGUAUCUUAAGAAUAUUACAUAAAUCAGCAGAUCCUAUUAAAAAAAUUUUGAUCAUCUUUAUAAUACAAAACCCGUUUUUAUCCUUGUAUUAUUUACAAUUUCAUAUGUUUAAAUGUGUGUAUAAUUCCAUUGUUUAGACGCUUACAAUUACCUUUAACACCGUAAUGAGGUGUCACAAUAUCAUGAUACAAUUAUUAAAGUUCAUAAAUUAAUUUCGGUAGAUAAUGAGUUCUCUACCGAAACUAGGAGAAUUUAUUGUUUGCAUUACAGUGUCAAAUCAAUUAUUCAAUUGAAACCGUAAUAAUUUAUUCUUAGGAAAUAAGAAAUUUGAAAAGUAUGAACUGGAAUCUUCUAAAUAAUGAAAACUGAUUCAACUAUAGCAAUACAAAUAUUCGAAGCAUAAACUGAUGAUGAGGAAAUUUUGAGAGAAAAUGUACGAAGAAGUAAACUAAAACAAAUAGUAAAAGUGUAAAAAAAAGAAUAAUAAAAUUAGUGACCCAAAAUUUAGGAUGUUCAUUUACUUUUCGGUCGCAAAAUUUAUACUUCAACUCUAUGUCCAAAAAUUCCGCCUCGUGGAAAAAGUGAUAUCUUCCGAAAAUCGUAUAUUCUGUUUGCUACACAUAUAUCAGAAAUGCUUGAAUUUUAAGUAUAUAUUAAUAAAUGUCAUUCAAAACAAUUUAGGUGCAAGGAAUUUUAGUUAUUACUUUGCAGAUUACAAGCAUCAAUAGACCUGAUCACCUUCAUUUUAUUUCACUUUGCAUGCAUUCAUAUGUAAAACUCGAAUGAAACCUUUUUCAAUAAUAAAUGAACGACUUACCUGAAUACAUAGUUGAUUUUACACAUGCCGACGUUGAAAUUUAUCGUUAACUUGGACUUUCAUCCGACUUUGUACGUCAUUACCAGACUCUCGAAUUAUGUUAUUAAGAAAAUUAUACAUUGAAUCACAGUGAAGAAUACAACGUUUUGAUUAAUGUUCACAUUUAUUAAAACUAUAACAAAUACUUAUAAAGGUUUCUUACUAGCUAAACUGCAUUGUAUGAUUGAUUGUAGCCUUCUACAUAAAAUCGUUACCCUAGUUGUUAUCACUAUUUACACGAGAUAUGUUUGCAAAAACUUCGGAGUAUAAAAAAGUCGGAUUUUUCGGGAUGGGAAAUAUCUGAAUGUUAUUUUUGCAUAUGUAAAACCGUCACAUAUAUCUAAUGUAGAUAGUGAUUAGCAAUGGAUCUACAAAAUUUAUACUAAUGAAUAACAAUUAUGAAGCAUACGUUCAUUAAUGUUAGCAUUAAAGCUUUAUUUGUGCAUCUCGAUCGAUUAUACGCAUUUGUGAUUCAAAAGCUAUUCAAAACGGAUGUCUGCAGUUACAGACACGUUCAUUUUGCCUAAAAAUGUAAAAGAUUAUACAAACUGGUCUAGGGAUUUGGUAGAAGCGGUUUUUAUAAUUUGGUUUGAAAAAAAAAGCUAAAAGUAACAUUGGGUUUCUUAUGUUUCAAAGUCCAUUUGUGUGUAUACACUGGCAUUGUUCAUUAGUUGGUUGAUUAUUAGCUAUAAAAAAAUCAUUGGCACUCAAAAUUUACAGAGCACAGUUCAGAUGUUGAGUUGUAAUAAGAUUGUGCAGUAUAGAAUUCCACUUCACAGUCUGUUUUAUUGUCGUGUCGGUCAUAAAUCUUCCUUAUCCUCUCAUAGUGGCACAUAUUGUAGGAUACUGGCAAAAACUGCACAUCUCAAAUGAUCACAAACAACUUUUUCAAUAGUUGGCAAAAUUCUAUGUUCUUCACAGAUUUUAUAACAGCAUACAGAAAAUUAUUACGUAUUUGAAUCCCAUUGAUUGACUCCAAUUUUAUGGUGAACUUCAUCUCUUACAACCGCGUAUAAAUCACUAAACCAGUUUGCCGCGAACUAAAAAUUUUCACAAACUAUUUCAGAUUUUCAUCAAAGUUUGUCAAGUCACUAAAAUCAAUGAAAGAUUCAAAAAUGUUUGUUUCGGAUAAUAAAUAUACGACACUGACUUACAUUUUGUUGUAACGUUUUCCCUUUCUUUUAUUUCAUCUAAUAGUCUUUGGUUGCUGUAAAACAGUAUUUAAUCUUCUGCAGUAAGAAGGCGGCAAGAACAAAUAUAUCACAGUGUACUAAACACUAGCAAAAAUUUAUGAAUAUACCAAACCCAUUUUGCAAUAAUCCUCGACUAUUGCAGAGUAUUGCAAUGAUUACUACGCCUAGGAAUUUUUCCACAUACCAGCCUCAAACUAGUAUUUCUUAUCUUAGAUUGACUGACUUUCGCUGACUGAGCCAAAUUUUUUUUUUUUUUUUGGUUCAGAUUUUUUAAAUUCAUUUUUCGUAAAUCAUCUGAUAGUAUAUUUAAAAAAUGUGAUAAGGAACUAUAAUUUUAAUAAUAUCCUUUAUAUAGAUGAAUAUAACAACACAAAUGGACGUAUAAUAUUAUAAUCAAGGUUAAAUCAAAUCAAUAAAUUCAUCACUGGUCAUGAUUGUAAUUCAUGUAUCGUUUAGUUGCACGAUAAGGAUAUUUCUCUCAGAUGUGACGCAAGCCUAUUCAGGUUAUCAGAAUUGAAAUUAGUUGAGCACAUUUCACAAAGUUGUAACAAGGAAGACAUGAAUAAUAUAACAAUGUAUAACUGACAAUUAUUAGUGCAAUAGCCCAGAUAUGUGGUAAUAAGUACCAAAACUAUUAGUAUAUUACUGUCUCGGACAGAUUUGUGAAAUCAGUUAACAAACUCCGUGAGAAACUUUUGAUCAAUAUAAUUAGCUUUGAAUAACGUAACAUACCAUGUUCAGAAAUGCUCAACUCAUUGAUAAAAAAUCAUAUUUUCUACGAGAUGAAGAAAAGUAUAGACUGUUUACUCAGCGCUGAUGUAAAAAAGUCAAAGAUUUAUAGAAAGAAUUGUUAAUAAUACUAUUUCACAGAUAUGUAAUAAAAUUAUUUUAUUGCAGUAAAGCAUUUUUCAUGAAUAUGACUGUAAAAUUUCAUGUUAAGUCGAAGUCAAGGAAUGAAAAUUAUUCUUAAGUUCUUUAAAGGAACUUAGUAUGCAGCAGGCAGACUAAGUAAAAAUCGUUUUUUUUCUUAUAUUUUAUACUUCGCAAUGAUGAGCAAAUCUUGUGCGCAUUUCGUUUGAUGUUAGAAAAGAAAUUAAAUAUUAAACAAGUAUUAGUACAUGAUUUAGAUGAUCUACAUGACAUAGGUAAAUUUCAGAAAAAUCCUAGAAAAUGACAAUAUUAAUACUACGCAUACACUGAUUACAUGAAUUUUGCAGAGACAUGCUUCCAUAAUUUUUGAAAUUUCAUUUACGUGAUAACCAGAGAUCCAGAUGUAUUACAAAACAGUGCGUGCACAGGGACAGUUAUUUUCGUUUGCUCCUAAAUUUCACUAUUCCGCAGUUCAUUAUUGUAUGCGAUUAAAAUUGUUGUACUUUCGUUUUUCUAUAAUUUACAAAUUAUUCAACAUUUGUGUUGCGUUAAUUCUAAUUAAUUGAAUUUCUAAGAAAAUACAGCUAUUUUGAAAUAUACUUAUUGUUAAAACAGAUUAAAAUAGUAUAAAAAGAGAUUGACGUCUAGAAAUCUAGAAAUCAGAAUAUGUUACAGAUAUUCACUAUGAUAUGAUAUUAAUCAACGGUAUUGCACUUGACACACACAUGUAUAAUCUGCGGCAAUGUUCACACUCGAUACGUAAAUAUGGAUGUUUAUAUUAAAGAAUACAUUCGAAAUCCGGAAAUCAACUGACUAUCGAAAUUAGAAAAAUAAUUUACGAUCAAUUAGUGUCUUAGUCAACAGUCCAACAAUAGUGUUCCUCAUUGUUGUUGGAUUCUGAGAUCAACCACAGUUUUGCAAAAUAAUUAACGGUCAAAAACUACGAUGUAACAUAUAGCUUUACAAAGUAACAAUACAUUUGAUUUAUACGUGGAAUGUUAGAUUCUGACCAUCCUGAGCAAUGCAUUUCCCAUUUUUAAAGUGGUCAAAAUCUUACACAGCAAGCGUUGUCAGAGCAGUCAUGAACUUAUACACAUUCAAGUAAUAAUUCUAUGUUGAUUUUUUAAUUAUGCCUAAAAUCAUCUUUGUUCGAACAAUGUUAGUUCUCAAAAUAUAAAAUGUUUUAACAAGUUUUAUCUUCUACAUGCAGUAUGCAUACAUUUAUAUGUAUGUAAUUAUAUGUGGUAGGGCAGUCCAGAAUUUGGGGUUCAUGAAAUUUUAAUCGUGACGCCGUCAGAUCGAUUUCAUGAAUACAAAAUUAAAUGAAAUUUAUUGACCUAAAUGGGAAAAUGUAAGAUUGUUGGUACACAUUUUUCUACUGAUGUAGAGACUAGAGACUUCAGAUAUGCUUUUUUUCAAAUAUCUGGAAUAAGUUUCAACGGCAGUAUGAGAAGAAUUUUGGAGAUUAAAAAUUACGGACCAUCGUAAUAUAUACUACCGUAUAUGCAUACACGAUGAGUAUCGUGAAACGAAGCUAUUGCGUUUAUAGUAGGAUCCAACUCACAGCUGUUAAUAAAAGGUACAGACAUCAAGAUCAAAUAGCUUAAGAGAUCUGAUUUGGAAAAUUUUCUCAAUAUAUUUUAUGAUGGUAAAUUCAAUCACUAUGCAAUUAUCAACUGAUUCUGCAGGUCAAAGGCAGAAAUUUCGAAAAACAAUUCAACAUUUAAAUUAACGAUUUUCAGUUGGUAUUAAAAGCGAGCCACAGAAAAUUUUUUAUUUUUAUCUUUUUGCUCUGACUUGUUACACAUACAAGUAGAUUUUUCCACCUAAAUUCUUGAAAACUGUCAGUGAUUUUUUUGAACCAUAGCGCAGAAAUUAUCAGUAAUUUAACAACAUAUGUCAUGCAAUAACAUUAAAGAAUUUUAAACUCUAGUGAAACUGAGAAAAAAAAUAUUUUCAAGAUGAUGGCCAAGCUAAUUUGAAAGCUAACUCAAAAUCAACAAUAUCGCUUUUGCGACCCUCAAUUUCAUUUUAGCUAAACAAUCAUAGCAGUAAAAGUAAUUGCAAUACGAUUUCAUGAUCAAUGGGAUUGUAAAAGUUGAGGUUUUUCUUAUAAAAUUUACCUGUAUUUAGAUGUGGUAGUAUUACACAAAAAAAAAAUCACAAUCUAUGGUUAACUGUCCACUUUCCAACACACCUUUUAAUUUAGCUAAUAGCUAACAUGUGUGAAUAAUCUUUUUCACGUGUGAAGAUGAAAUGAAUUUGACUUUAGUACUUUUAGUAC